AUGGUCUUUCUUCGAAAUAUGUUGCCUUCGGCAGCUUUUGUCCAGGUCGGACUACUGCUCUUGUCCGCAUGCGUCCAAUCGGCACCGGCGAGCUCGGGACUCGCUGUCGACACUCGCCAAGCCGGCGACGAUGGACACUGGGUUGCUACGUGGACCUCAAUGCCACAGCUGGUAGAGCCAGACAACAUGCCGCCUGUACCCUUCAGAGGCGGCACGACACUCAAGGACGCCACCCUCCGGCAGACACUACACAUGUCCAUCGGCGCCCCCCGUAUCCGCGUCCAGAUCUCGAACACCUUUGGCGGCUCCGACCUCCCCAUCACCGCGGCCUCGCUCGCGCUGCCGACGGGCGGCAAGGCCGGCGUCGGCGGCAUCGACACCUCGACGCUGACGGCGCUGACGUUCGACGGCGGCAAGGCGUCGACGACUGUCCCGAGGGGCAAGGUGGUCUACUCGGACCCCGUCGACUUCAAGGUCGCGCCCGAGUCCAUGCUCACCGUCAGCCUGUACUCGCAGGCGGGGCAGCAGGGAAGCAGCAUCACGGGCCACCCGGGCAGCAGGACCACGAGCUGGAUGCAGCAGGGCAACCACGUCAACGCGUCGAGCGUGGCGGGCACGAGCACCAAGCACUGGUACUGGGUCAGCGUCGUGGAGGCAUGGGCGCCGCUGGACAGCAGCGCGUUUGUCAUUCUGGGCGACAGCAUCACCGACGGGCGGGGGAGCAUCGACGACGCGAAUAACCGCUGGCCCGACCUCCUCCUCGCCCGCAUGCAAAAGUCCCCCGCGACGGCCAAGAUCGGCGUCAACAACCAGGCCGCCGGCGGCAACCGCGUGCUGCAGGACGGCCUGGGCCCCUCGCUCGUGAGCCGGUACAAGCGCGACGCCAUUGGGCAGCAGGGCGUGAAGUGGGUCAUGGUCUUCGAGGGCGUCAACGACAUCGGCACGGCCGGCGCGGACGCGGGCUCGCAGUCGCGCGUCGGGGACCAGCUGAUCGCCGCCCUGAAGCGCAUCGCGGCCGACUGCAGGGCCGCCGGCUUGCGGGUGUUCGCCGCGACCAUCACGCCGUUUGGCGGCAGCGGGCAGAGCUACUCCAGCCCCGUGCGGGAGCAGACGCGGCAGAAGGUCAACCAGUGGAUCCUGACGAGCGGGACGUUUGACGCCGUCGUCGACUUUGGCAAGAUGCUCGGCAGCGGCGGGUCGGCGACGAGCAGCCAGCUGGCGAGCCAGUACGAUGGAGGGGAUCACCUGCAUCCCAACGUGGCGGGCUACCAGCACCUGGCGGACCAGUUCCCUUUGGAGAUCUUUGCGGGGAAUAGCACGGCAUCGGCAUAG